AUGCCAAAGAUCAGCCUUACCUUGCAGAACAGUGGCAGCGUAGCCAGGGACCACCUCGCAUUGGAACGUACAUUCCUGGCAUACAUCCGUACGAGCCUUGCUCUGGCGUCGGCAGGCGUGGCGCUUGUCCAAUUCUUCAGUAUCUCCUCGAUACAUCCAGGACGCAUCCAAAUAUACGUUCGUCCAAUAGGCGCAACAACCAUCGUACUCGCCAUCGUCCUUCUCAUCAUUGCGGUCAUUAGGUUUUUUUCUGUACAGACGUAUCUGACCCGAGGUCUGUUUCCUGUCGCGCGGGGAUUUGUGUUCGUCGUGUUUGCCUUUCUUACGGCGUUGAUUGCGGUCGUUUUUGGUGCCCUUAUCUCACAACGAGAGUCUUGA